AAGGAGGAAGCGUGUAGUUCGGCCGGCUGACUUUCCAUGUCCCUCUAAAUCGUUCAACCUUCAUAAGUACUGAUUCAAAUUAAAGUGUCAAACAUGCAGGCAGCAAUGGACAUUACAGCCAAAUUCUGCCAGAAGGAGAUGGAGGAGUACGGAGCCUGCGUGGCCUCUAAUCCGUCAUCGUGGCAAGAGCAGUGUCACCACCUGAAGGUGAAGGUGGCGCAGUGCACCUCCUCUCAUCCAGUGAUUAGGAAGAUCCGGGGAGACUGUGCCGGAGAAUUCGCAGAGUUCGAGCGCUGCCUGAGGGAGAACCAGUCCUCGGCUCAGGCCUGCUCAACACACGUGGCACGCUUUCUGACCUGCGCCAACACGGUGGACAUUAAAGGAUUAGUGAACCCGGAAUCUCAGCCCACAUGAAACCCAACCAGAAACCUUCUUCCAUCACCUCAGGAUUAUGUCAUGGACCUUAUUAACAUAAUACGGUUCUACUCGAGCACAUCUUUUACAUUUUGUAAGAAGUGUCGUGUCUUAGCUGUACAGAGAGACAGCAGUAAGCUGUGAGAUAUUAUGAGUCAGGAAUCGGAUGUCAGUUAUUUGUACACUUCAUGCUUAUAAAUAUUAUUUUUUUUAGUGAGAAAUCGCAAACCUCAACAUGUUUUAAUAAAAGUUGAUCUGUUUUGAACAAACAAAGUGAAGCAUGGUGACGGUAGCAUCAUGUUGAGCGUUAGCCUUGGCUGCUUGCUUGCUUCUCUGAUUAACAUCCUCAUUACCUCGUCACUGAUGUUUGGUGGACGGCCUCUUCUAGGCAGACUGCAGGGUGUAUGAAAUUUGGUAUGCAUGUUUAUUACUGAACCCUGAUUGAUAGUCUUCCAAGACUUGUUUUAAAGCACACCUAUAAAGGUUUUGAAACGUGCCUAAUUUUGUUUUAAAGUUCUCAUACAAUAGAUUUACAUGCAUCUGAGGUCAAAAAACACUUUAACGUGCUCAUAAUUUAAAUUGCAGCAUUAACUUUUUCCCCCCAGUGUCACAAACGACUCUUAAAUGAUCCGUUCUAAAUGAUUCGUCCUAAACUCCUCCUUUCAGAGAGCAUACUCUGCUGUGAUUGGUCAGACGUCCCAGUCUGUCGUGAUUGGUCUACCGCUGUCGGCGUGUUUCAAAAAGGAAGCGCCCACUACCGGAACGAGUUUCAGCUCCGUCUGUCGGCGAGCAGCCGAUGAAGACCAGAGGCGGGGCUUUUUUGUUAUAAACCUACGUAGGUUAGUACAGGAAGUAAAGUCUGGAAUCACUAACGAGUCGUUUCAGCUGUUCAGAAUCGGUUCCUUCUUUUGGGAGUCGAUAACUCCGUUUGUCGUGCGCUCUGAUUUAUAUUAGAUAUUUUUACAUUCACAAACAGCUCUCUAACACAUUACAUGAAAGGGAAUGUUUGAAAAACCAUAAUAGGUGCACUUUAAUAGCUCUUUGGUCUUGCCUUUGGGUUCUUCCAGGAACAGAUGUAUUUAUACUGAGAUCGUGUGACUCCUUUCAACUAAUUCUGUCCAUUCUGGUGUCAACUGGUUGCACAAUAACAGGGGUGAAUAUUUAUGCAAACUUCUUUACUUGUAAUUAAGAUUGCAAACUGUAUUUUGUGUAAGUUCAGGACAUUAAAUCCAUUUCAGUUCUAGGUUGUAAAACUACAAAAUGUGGAAAAGUUCCAGGAGGUGAAUACUUGUGCAAGGCACUGUAUAUAUUGCGAAUAAAAGCUUUUUGUUCAGUGCCUUUGAUCCGAGCAUGCUCUGCCUUUCAUAAAGCCCUCUGUUUGAGUAAUACUUAUAUGAACGUUUUGCGGAGCUUGAAUUCACUGUGUACUGAAAAUGGCUAGAAAUUACAGAGUCCACACAGUUACUCAGGAGUUAUGUAUUUCAGUAUGUUUUAUGAAUAAAUGUAUGGAAAUGCAAUACAUAGCUCGUCUCCAUAUCAUAAUGAAGCUGUGAUAUAGCCGGUGUUUGUUAUAGGAUUUAGAGACGUAAAGGUCUGAUUUAGUCAUUUUUCUUGUCCGUGCUGUUUAAAGACAUGACAGUUAAUCUUUAUCGAGCUUCGCAAAAUAUUUAUUCUAAGCUGCGAGGGUUGGAUGUUGAGUAUUUUCACCCCGGUUCCUCAUGGUUCGUCUCUUUUUUUCUCCCGCCUGAAUCACUGUAUAAUAUUAAACUAAGGAAUGUGUGCCGUCUCUCCCUCAUACCGUGUCUAGCUACCCGCUGGCAGAAGAAUAAAAAGAGUGAAAGAGGGGGAGAUCUGAUGGGUUAGCACAUGCCUUUGACCACUGACGGGAUUUGUGGGAGGACAGGAACACACUGACUAACAUGCCUGACAGGAUUGUUUGUGUUAUUUUCCCCCGAUUAUCGGCUGAGUCACUAGGAGCAAAGAGCAGCCAUAUGUGACCUUCCUCUAGGCCAUUUUCUUUUUUGUUUUUCUUUUGUAAUAUAUUUUAACCUGAUGACAAUCCCAGAUCUAAGACACACUAAUACAAAAUUCUUAAGGGGUGCCAAUAAUUUUACUACAUGUUUUUUGUUGUUUCAUUCAAUUGAAAUGUAAAAAAACAAACAUUUUGCAUAAUGAUCCUAGAAGACAUGAUAUAAAGUUCUUAAAGGGGUGCCAAUAAUUUUGUUACCUGUGCUGUUUGUCACCAUAAAGGCAACCUAGUAGUUUCUCCAGUUGUUGUUUUUUUUGUUGUUGUUGUUGUUGUUUUUAAAUAAUUGUGCAUAAUGUUUGUAUAACCUUUUCUUACAUUUUUUACCUAACAAAAAUCCCAGAUCUUAGAAAACACAACAAUGUAACAUUCUUAAGGGGUGCCAAUAAUUUUGCUACAUAGGAGUUUUUUUGUUAUAGUAACAGUAAAUAUUUUCUCCACUUGCUUUAGAGGAAACGUGUUAAUCGUGUGUAAUUGUGUUAUUUUUAAUCCGGCAGUAUUCACAGAUUAAAAAAAAAAAAAAGAUAUGCUGUUUUAAAGUCAUUUUUGGCUGAAAACCAUCCCAGAUCCUAGAAGACACAAUAACGUAAAGUUCUCAAGGGGUGCCAAUAAUUUGGCUACAUUGAAGGUUUUUGUUACAGUAAUGGUAAAUAUUUUCUCAAAUUUUUGUGUGUGUGUAAUUGUGUCGUUUUCUUUUUUAUCUGACAACAAUCACGUCUCAAAGAUACACUGUUUUCGAGUUCUUAGGGGGUGCCAAUAAUUUUGCGACAUAUCGGUUUGCCUUAGUAGUUUCUUCGGUUGUUUUAAACAAAAAACGUGAACAACUGUGCGUACUUAUUUUUCAUUUAUACUUGAAAAACUAGGAAGACAUGAGGAUUUAAAGUUUUAAGGGGUGCCAAUAAUUUUGCUACAUAGAGUUUUCAUUACAAUAAAGUUAAGUGGCUCCUUCAAUUGUUCUAGAGAGAGUUUUGUAUAAUGUUUACCUGACAACUAUCCCAGAUCAAAUGAUUUGUGCUGCUUUUUUCCUCCCCAGUAAAUAAAAGUUGUUCCUUCAUUUGAAUAUAUAUUUAUAUGUGUGUGUGUGUGUGAGUAAUGUUUGUGAAAUUAUUUUUGCCCCCCAUCCAAAGGGUUCUAUUUAUAUCUCUGCAGCUGCUGGCAGUACAUGUCUCGAAGAAGACUCAGAAAUCAAAGAGACGUGAUCAUAUCGACAACGAAACCACCGAUUAUAUUGUAAAGGUGAAAACACAAUACACAGGAACCACUUGAACAGAUCACAGAACAGAAAAAAUAAUAUAUAAAAUAAAAGAAUUGUGCCGUCAAUUCUGUCGCAUUUCAGCAGUUACUCUGAUAGAGUCCAGAAUCACAAAGCGGUCCAAGAACAGUGGCCUUAAUAUCCCUGGUGUCAGAUCCAAUCACAGCUUCAGGCUACUCGGUCUGCUUCAUAUAACAUCCGCAGUCCAGAGGGUUGAAACAAUAAUAAUAAGUGCUCUGUACAUGUCAUAAAAUUCUUCUUUUUUUUUUUUUUAAAAUAAGAAACGUCUCACGUGUACACACCGUCAUGCAGGAGAAAGCUACAAAAUAUCCAGCAGUAUCAUACAGAGGAACGAAGAGAGACAGUAGUGCUAAUCGCAACCAUAUUAGUCAUGAUACGAACACGUUAAGCGCAGUACGUUAGAGCACAAGAACAUUUAGCAUCACACGGCCCCCGGGACGGCCAGGGCGCCAUUACUUUUACACACUAGUAGUAAAGAUGAUGCGGAUGCUGUAAUAAUGUACCUCUACCCUGUAAACGCGAGACCCUGUUGGCAGUGUGAUGACCCUGAUCCACUCCUGACCCUUAAGCAUUAGACCUCAGACAUGAGAAUUCGACAAAACUCUCCUUAAAGCAUUUUAGUUUCAUCUGAGAUGAUUUCCUUCAGAAGUGGUGGUUUUGGAAAAACCUGAACAAAGGGGUGGGGUUUUUAAAACAUUUUUUUUUUUUUAUAACAGUUCUUCAGUCAGAAGCAUCGAAAGUACCCUGUGUCUUGUUUUAUUAAUAUUCCACCUAGUUAUUAAAAGCUUUCUUCUUUCUGAAGCUCGGUGUAGAAAAGUGCGACGUAAACGUUGUGGUCAUUAUUAUUAACUAGGAGCGAGAAGGAUAGAGACUGUAAAUAUAGUCAGGCAACUUAGGGGGAGAAAAUCACGUUUAGAAAAAUAAAAAGAAAGAAAGGGAACGCGGGUAAAACAGAACUCAAGGUCAACUCAGAGAAAAAGAGCCGGAAGGUGAAGAAGUUGUAUGGGGUAGAAGGAAAUAAGGAUAUUUUUUUUCACAUGGGAAAAGGAAAGAAAAGAGGAGAGAAGAGGGGAGAAGAGAUAAGAAGAGAAGAGAGGAGGAGAGAAGAGACUAGAAGAGAAAAGAAGAAGAGUAAAAGUAAGUACAUACACUGCCAGGCAAGUUUUUGAAGUUUUUUUUUUAAAUAUUGUAUUUUUAUUAUUUAAUAUUAUUAAUUAAUAGUUUUAUUAUUUAAUAUUUAAUAUUAUAUAAAAUAUAUAUAUAUUUUUUUACAGUUUAUUCACUACUGUCAAAUUAAGUUUCAUUAUUUUUUUCAUGUAAAACUCUUUGAGGUUCAUUAUUUCAUUUCAGAUUGAUGACCAAAAAUGAAAUAAAGAGUAUUAUUAUUAUUAUUAUUAUUAUUAUUAUUAUUACUAAAUCUUUAUUUUUAAGGACCUCUAAUCAUUGUCUACUUGAGUUCUUUUACUAAACCUGCACUUGUUUGAUGGAGUAGUGCAGCCGGAAUUUCUCAAUUUUAGAUAACACUAAAUUGUAAUUCUAGGUAACACUAGAUAUAUAUGGAGCGCUACAAGCGCCUCGUUAGAGUGAUCGAGAUUGAAAAAAAUGACAAAUAAAAUACAAUUAAAAAAAUUCACACACACAAAAUUUCUCUAUUUAUCUUCAACCCAUUUCACCCAAACCUGCUAACACAGAGCGUCCAGAAACCCCCUGACUGGCAGUGUACGUGUUUAUGGAUGGCAAAAAAAUUCCAGUAUUUUAAUCAUUUAAUCCCACGCAAGUCCACCUGACCCCGUAUCACCGGGCGGAUUUGUGUUGGCCUCGUCUUAAUCACUCUGGUAUGCACCCUUUCCCUUUGCUCUCUGAACCCUACCGAGACUCCUUAAGACUCCGCAGUGCUGCUCGGUUUAGUCUUUCCCGUCCCUAAUACUCCUAAAUUACAUCAUCAAAGGCCUGGUAAUUAAAGUGUAAUAGCGUGAGGAUAAUAGCGAGAACAAAAGGGUAGAAUGUGUAAAUAUAAUCCGAGAAAAUGUACAAGAAAUUAAAAAAUUAAAUGACAUUCAUUCCUAGAAAUCAUACUGUAAAAGCACUGCUCUUUGGGUCUGAUUUGUUGUUUUCCCUUAAAAAAAU